UUACCCUCAAUAAAAACGGCAGAUUGGGGAGAUUCAAGCAAAUCCCUAGUUUGAAUAUAGGCACACGAUAUUUGUGUAGCCUGGUUUGUAGGCAACACAUCAUGCUCAAUGAACAGAAAACAUUUAUUUUUGCAAUUUGUAACUUCUUAUGCAUAGGAGUUUAUUUAAAGCUUUAUUAAUUCGAGCGCGUUACAGCAAAUUCAAAUUUUAGCGCGCUUGCGUUUGCGCAGUCCGAGGGAGUCAAUAUCCAACACAUCUGGCAAGUGAUGGUGAUCCGCACUGAAUCAUAUGAUAUUACUGUUCUGUGCAUAUGAUAAGAAGAUAUACUUUACAUACCAGCUGAUACUUUAUUUUUGUACUGCAAUGCAAAUAUAAAACUGUGAUAUUCAUUUUUAAAUUUACACUUAAUACAAUGGUAGCUCCAGAAAUAGGUUCCACAAAUGCAGAUAUAACGACCGACAAGACGCCUUUGGUUAAUCGGAGCGUUUUGCAGAGAUUGUAUAAUUUCUUUGGCAGAAGUGCUCAGUUGUCCACUAAUAUAACAUCAGAUGGUUACGUAGAAUUUGGGUCCAUUACUGAAGGUCUUGACAAUCGUACCUUAGGGACUUUUUCGGGUGUAUUUGCUCCCGUUACGUUGUCCAUGUUUUCUGCAUUGAUAUUUCUGAGGGUCGGAUAUUUGGUGGGAAAUGCCGGUUUAUUAGUAACACUUUUACAGUUUUUCAUUUCAUACGUUAUUUUGAUAUUUACUGUAGCUUCGAUUUGCGCAAUUUCGACUAAUGGUGCAGUGGAGGGCGGUGGAGCUUACUUUAUGAUCAGUCGUACUUUAGGACCAGAAUUUGGUGGUUCCAUUGGUACAUUGUUCUUCUUAGCAAAUAUAGUGAAUAGUGCCUUUAAUAUUUCUGGUUGCGUGGAAGGACUGGUUCAAUUGAUUGGACCUGGAGGAUACCUGGUGCACGAUGAUGGAUGGGUACCGGAUGGACUCUGGUUUCGCUUUUUGUACAGCUCAAUUUUAAACUGUUUAAAUUUGAUUAUAUGUUUAAUUGGAGCAGGAAUGUUUGCAAAGACUACAGUUUUUAUUCUGGCGACAGUAAUUGUGUGUACAAUUAUCUCGUUUAUCAGUUUCUUCGUACAGGCUCCUAUGCAGGUUCCUAUACCAAACGUAAAUACGUUGGUGCACAACAGCACAGGAUUUUUCACAGGUUUAAAUUCUUCAACAAUGUAUGCAAAUUUAAAGGAGCAUUAUGGUCAUGAUUAUACUGUAAAUGGUGAAGAGGUCACUUUUGCUUCUGUUUUUGCGGUGUUAUUUUCAGGAGUGACAGGAAUUAUGGCAGGAGCAAAUAUGAGCGGGGAAUUAAAAAAUCCAGCAAAAUCAAUCCCACGUGGGACAUUGUCGGCAGUUUUAUUUACAUUGACAGUGUACCUAUGUUUAGCGUUACUAACUGCUGCCUCUUGCGAUGUAUUUCUUCUACAAAAUAAUUACCUUUACAUGGCCGGUAUUAGCGUAUUUCCAGCUAGUGUUGCCAUUGGCCUGAUAACAGCGACGUGGACGGCUGCUUUAAGUAAUGCCAUUGGAGCUUCGCGAGUUUUGGAAGCUCUCACAAAGGAUCGCAUAUUUGGUUCUAUAUUGGAUUUUAUUCCGAGAGGAACAUGGCGUGCCAACCCGAUCGUUGCUGUGAUUAUCACAUGUGUUUUGGUAGAAUUUGUUUUAUUAUUGGGAUCAGUGAAUUUAAUAGCCAAAUUAAAUUCGGUUCUCUUUCUAUUAAGUUACUUGGCAACAAACCUGGCUUGCUUAGGACUAGAGUUGGCAAGUGCCCCUAAUUUUCGUCCAUCUUUUAAAUAUUUCACUUGGCAUACAGCAUUUAUCGGCCUAUUUGGUACACUUAUAAUGAUGUUUGUUAUUAAUCCCAUCUUUGCAGUGUGCAGUAUUCUGUUAUGCCUUAUUCUUAUUGUUGCUUUGCACCUGUUUUCGCCAUCCAAAGAGUUUCAGUGGGGUAGUAUUUCACAAGCCCUAAUUUUCCACCAAGUUCGCAAGUACCUUUUACUUUUGGACUCACGAAAGGAUCACGUUAAGUUUUGGAGACCCCAGGUUUUAUUAUUGGUUAAUAGCCCUCGUAGCGCUUGUCCUUUGAUCGAUUUUAUUAAUGACCUGAAAAAGGGUGGUUUGUAUGUAUUGGGACACGUUGUUAAUGCUGAUCCUUAUACACAACCGGAUCCGACACAAGACAUGAUUUACCAUUGGUUAACCUUGGUAGAUCAUUUGAAGGUGAAAGCUUUUGUGGAAUUGACUGUCGCACAAAGUGUAAGGGAAGGAUUGCAACAUUUAAUGCGUCUUUCGGGAAUGGGCGCCAUGAAGCCUAACACAGUAGUUUUUGGUUUUUUGGAUCAUGAACCACAACAAGACUUCUUACAGAGCUCGAAUUCGCCAUACUCAAAUUGUGACCUUCUAAGCAGUGCAUUUCCAAUAAGAUGGCAAAAUAUUAAUUGUGACGAGUACGUUGCGAUGAUAUCAGACGUGCUACAUAUGAACAAAAAUGUUUGCUUGUGUCGAAACUUUGUCAAUCUUAACAUGGAUUCGAUUAAAAUCUCUGAGAAAAAAUAUAUCGACGUGUGGCCUAUCAAUUUUUUAAACCCGACAGACAAGGAUGCAUUCGACACCACAUCGUUGUUUAUGAUGCAACUGGCUUGCAUCAUUAACUCCGUCCGAAAAUGGAAGAAGUUAACUUUGAGAAUAUGCGUUUGCGAUGAGGUUCGACAAAGUUCAUUUAGUUUGUCCAGCAGGUCUUCUGUCGAAUCCCAGUCUGAAAAACUAUCAAAUUUAUUAAAAAUGUUACGCAUCUCCGCUAAAUUGUUUAUGGUAACAGGAUGGAAUGCCGUGAUCGAGGCACAUUCUUCCGCUUUUCCCACUUACUUAAACAGGGUAAAUGAAUUAAUCACUCAGCAUUCGACGGACUCUGUAGUUACCUUUCUUUAUUUGAACCCUCCACCAGUGAGGGGGGGUUCGGCCCAAUCUUAUCUUGAAAUGUUAGAUGCUAUCAGCAAGAAUCUGCCGCCCCUUAUGUUUGUUCAUGGCGUCAGCACUGUUACCUCAACUACAUUAUAACAAUAUCUAAUUUAGUACCUAAGUAUAAUUUCCUAUCAAAUAUUUUUAAUUCCAUAUUAAGUUUUUACAUUUAAUCCGUGAUUAAACUUUAUAUAAAACUA